AUGGCGCUUCCUCCAAUUGCUUGGCGUCGCGGACAUCCGGGUUGGUUGAUCAUGCAUGGGCAUAUCGUGAAGGUGAAAGAGGCUGUGGGAGACUUUAUCGUAUCUUACUACUUUAGUCUUCGAACUUCAUUACCAUCACAAACAGAAUGGACCUACAAGUUCUAUUUUCCAUUCUACAUUGCAACGACGGUGCCGUACUGCCCGCCAUGUUGCCGUCGGGAGAUCCAGAAUUAUGGAUAUCAACAUUCUCUUCUGCUGAUUAAGCGCCUCUUUGGGUGUUCUCUACCAACUGUUGCGCUUUCCAUCCGAGAACACCGAACAGCAUACGAGGGUGGUCUGCAUCAAAUUUCCUUCUUUGAAUACACGGUCACUUUGCUACGCUACCUUACCACUUGUCUGGUCCUACGGCUGGUAUGGAUGGUCGUCAAGCUUUCUGUCUUGCGUCGGUCAUUCGCGGUGAUGAUUAUGAGUAUUUUAAACCCGGUGGCGAAUUAG